AUGGCUUUGAAUUUUCAAAAUAAUGAGGUUCGUAAUACACGUAGAUUAAGGUCAUUAAUUGUCUCAGUUUUGGUUUCAUUAGCAUCAGGAACGCCUUAUCUAUACGGAACAUAUGCACCUCAGUUUAUUAAGAGGGUUGGAUUAACAACAUCAGAUUCUGCCACAAUUUCAUUGGCGACGACUAUUGGUUGUGGCCUAGGUGGUAUUCCAGGAGGAUUAUUAAUUGAUGAAUAUGGUCCUUCUGUAGCCAUUGGUAUUGGAUCAGUUAGUAUAUUUGUUGGUUACUAUGGUCUAUACAAGAUAUAUGAAGAGGAGGUUUUUAACUUAUCAUUAAUUAAUAUUUCCAUGAUUUUAAUGGGUUUUGGAUCAAUUAUCAGUUACUUUUCGACUAUGAAAGCUGUUCAGGCAAAUUUUCCGGAUCAUAAAGGCAUUGCAGGUUGUAUUCCAGUGAGUGCGUUCGGGUUAUCUGCUACAGUAUUUUCUACUAUAAGCGCAACUAUAUUCAAGCAAAAAGUAGGUAAGUUUCUUCGCUUUUUAGCAUUUUUCUGUGGAUUAAUAACUUUUUUUGGAUCUUGGUUCGUUAAGAUAUAUAAUAGUGAUUGUAAAAUAGCAAACUCCAUUCCAGAAUCUGAUGAAGAAUCUAGACUAAUAAUUAAAAAUAACAAAGAUGCUUUCCUCUAUGAGACCAAUAAUAGUAAUGAAGACUCCAAAACAAUACCAUCUGCAAGCAAGAUUUCUUUAGGAAAAUUGCAUUUUAACAAUCGGAGUAUUUCUGACCCAUCGAUAAGUGGAAUAUAUGAACAUAUCCCUAGUUCCUCGACUACUUCAUUUGCAUCUAAAUCACUAAUCGAUAUUCAAGACCUGUACAGCGCAUUAAACCAAACCCAUUCAGUCUCAUUAGCCAAGAAUAAGGAUUCUCAUGAUUCAAAUGUACCCACCAGGGAUUCCAAAAAUCCCUUGACUUAUAUCAAACAUUUAUUGACUAAUAAAGUAUUCCUUUAUCACUUUUUUAUUGUUUCACUAUCUAGCGGAAUUGGCCAGAUGUAUAUUUACUCAGUUGGCUUUAUCGUCAAGGCUCAAGUCAAUUAUAGACCAAACUACAUAUAUUCUAGGGACAUAUCUUCUAGGGACACUAUAGAUAACAUACCAUUCACUAAUGCAAUGAAAAAUACUACAGUAACGCUCCAAGCAUUACAAGUUUCCUUAAUUUCAAUCUCUUCCUUUUUGGGAAGGCUAAUAUCGGGAUUUUUAUCUGACUUUAUCAAUAAAAGCUAUGGUAUUCAAAGACUAUGGAUUGUAGCAGGUACGAUAUUGAUUGUUGCACUCUGUCAGUUAAUUUUGGUCCUCAAUGAUAAUAGCGUUGGUUUGCUUCAUUUGACUUCUAUAUUAACUGGAGGCUGUUAUGGAUUAAUUUUUGGUAAUUAUCCAGCAAUAAUUGCAGAUGAAUUUGGAACUCAAGCAUUCUCAACUACAUGGGGCUUGAUUUGUACUGGCCCUAUGAUAACAUUAUAUGCACUAAACAAAUACUUUGGGAUCAUCUACGAUAGAAAUACAGAAUCUGACACUGGGAUCUGUUAUAGAGGAACAAGCUGUUACAAAGGAGCUUUUAAACUUAGUUUCAUUCUAUGUUUUGCCAUUCUUUCUGUGACAUUAUUCUUGAUACAUUCUCAACGUCGUAGGCACUAG